AUGAGCACUAACUGGAAAGCCCGCGCCGAGGCCAAGCGCAUGGAGCUGUUUAAAGUGUAUCGCCCAUAUAUGGCCCCAACUGGGAGGCUUAAAGCAGUCAUCUUGCCCCCGGACAUAUCGAAUAUUUUCAGCCAUGGUGGUAUAGGGUUUGAGUUUCUCACGGCUCGUGAGAAGAUGAUGACGGAGGAGCCUGAUGCCGUGGUUGUGUUGGGCAUGUUGAGGCGUGGAGAGUGGAGCUGCACAGAGCUGGUGACGGCGUACAUUAAGCGAGCUACGAUCAUUACACAGCUCUUAAACACACUGACAGAACCUCUCUUUCCCUCUGCCCUCGCUCGCGCCGCAGAACUUGAUGCCUUACCCGCUGACCAACGUGGGCCCCUCCACGGCCUCCCCGUAACUGUCAAAGACCAAUUCCACGUCCCGGGCAGCGACACCACAAUUGGAUACGUCUCCUACAUUGGUAAUGCUUCUACGUUACCACCCUCAGUUCUCACAGAAAUGCUCGGUUCACUAGGUGCAAUCAUAUUCGCAAAAACCAAUCUCCCGCAAAGCAUAAUGUGGUGCGAGACAGAGAACAACAUAUUUCGUUGCACCUACAACCCACGGAGUAUUUUUCUCACACCGGGUGGUAGCUCAGGCGGUGAGGCUGUCAAUCUAUUCAUGUGUGGGGGCCUUGUAGGGUGGGGGACUGAUAUUGGCGGAAGUAUACGUAUCCCAAGCGCGCUGAUGGGCACAUACGGGUUGAAGCCUAGUAGCACAAGACUCCCGUACCAGGGCGUAGUGGUGAGUACCGAAGGGCAGGAACAUGUCCCUUCGGUAAUUGGUCCCAUGGCACGUUCCAUAUCGUCGCUAAAGAUGAUCACAAAAGCGGUAAUUGACGCGGAGCCGUGGAACCUGGAUCCUAAAGUUGCACCUAUCCCGUGGAGGGAGGAUGUGUACCGGGAUACGCUACAGAGAAAAAUGGUGUUUGGAGUGUUGAGGGACGAUGGUGUGGUACGGGUGCAUCCACCCAUCAAGAGGGUGCUUGAGAACGCCGUGGCUUGUCUUGAAGCGGCAGGCCAUGAAGUGGUGGAGUGGGCGCCCGACGGCCAUGAGGAGGCUAUUGCGGUUAUGGACCAAUUCUAUACAGCCGAUGGCGGCGAAGAUAUCCGGCGUGCCCUUGAUGCCAGCGGCGAACCUGCCAUCCCACAUGUCGCCCGGCUCAUCAAUCGCGCCCCCGCGAUCUCCGUGUAUGAGUACUGGCAGCUUAAUAAGCGCAAAUGGGCGUGCCAGAAGGCCUACCUCGACAAAUGGAACGCUUCCUCAGCACUGUCAAAAAGUGGGAGGAUGGUUGAUCUUGUCUUGUCCCCGGUUAUGCCCCAUGUUGCAGUGCCACAUGAAAAGUGUCGGUGGGUGGGGUAUACGAAGGCGUGGAACGUAAUGGAUUACACAGCGGGUGUAGUUCCAGGUGGAUUUGUCGAUAGAGUAAAGGAUCCCAGGCAGGAAUACAAGGGCAGGAGCGAUCUGGAUGAGAUCAAUUGGAAGCUGUAUGACCCGGAGCUGAUGCAUGGACAUCCAGUGGGACUGCAGGUUAUUGGGAGGAGAUUGCAGGAGGAGAAGGUUCUGGCGGGUAUGCAGGUGUUGGAAGAGGUUCUGGGAGGUAGUCACAUUUUGCAGGAGGAAGUCGCGCCACGUGAUUGA